AUGAAUGAGGCUACCAACGGAGCUUCUCCAAAGCGCUCGCCUUCGACCAAGGAAAAGGUCAAGAGCUUGGGCCGUGAAACCAAAGCGAAGACCAAGAACUUAUUGCAUCUCAACAAACACACUUUGACUCCCGAGGAAGAAGCUGCAGAGGGCCAAGCCGACGAUCCGUACGAAGAAAUCCGUCACGACCCAGCCUUUGACCCAUCUCAAUUGGUCUCUCANAAACCCAAGCUCUCGGCUCGCAUCGCUGGCGGUCUUUCGAAUGGUGUAAAGAUUAUCAUCCACCCUCAAGAUGCUGCCAAGAAGCUGGCCGCCUCUAAAGCAGCCAUACAGGAUCGUCCCUAUCUAUCUGAGGAAGCUGACAAGGAAUUCCUCGAUGCACACGAAAGUCUCUCGAGAGCGAAAACAUCGGCUUCGCGCUCAAAUGUAUCUGGUGACCAAGACGCGGUCGAUGAUCAGCGUGAGCGUGUCCAAAGGAUAGAAGGCCUAAGACAGAGCAGAAAGGUGGCCUGGACAUCGAGCCGCCACUUUAGACGCGCCCUCGUCUUUCCCAAACGCGAGUUUUCAACACCCGCAAAGGAGGAUUACACUUAUGUCGACACUCAAACUGGCCAGCGUCGUGUCAAUUGGCUGGAGUGGCUGAAAGCACGCCAACUCAAUGCCAUACAAAGCUUCGCCACGAAUCGUAUGGGUCAGAUAGAUUACACGGGACAGCCUCCAUUCGAUAGAGAGGCUUCAUCACGCUUUGUAGAGCGCAUCCUCAUUGCCUCUUCGCCAUGGCAAACCUUCUUUCUCUCACUCCGGAGCUUAUACCUUUGGGAGAAUCCGGCAAAAUCGAGAAAGUGGCUAGCCAUCUGGUUGUACAUCUGGUAUCUCGAUUACUGCAUCACGUUCAUCCUGGUAUACUGCGCUGUCACUGUGUUACAAAACAGAUUCCAACGCAAGCAGGUUGAAGAGAUGCGCGAGGCGUACACGUCUGCACUUCAAAAAGGUAGUUCUGCUUACAAGUUUAGUGCUCUUCUUCAGCAGCACGGAGCAGACUGGAUCGACCCUGUCAUUGAGAGUGCGGGACCCAAGAUACAGAUGCAGUUGUCUGACAUGGCCGAUACGCUAGAGUCACUGAACAACUUCUACGACUGGCGCGAUCCGAGGCUCACUUGGGCUACGCUCUUCUUCUUCUUCACGGCGAUUCUGCUGGGAAUCUUUACACCUAGUGAAUACUCCAUCAAGAUCGUGAGCAUGUCUUGCAUUACCGUGUUCUUCGGAUCCCGCUACAUUGCUCACUACCACCCCGAGUACCGACAUGUUGUCAACGCCUUCAACUACAUCUUUUGGGGCAUUCCGAAUGACGCGGAUUGGUCGAUGACAUAUCUCAGGGAAAAGGCUCAAGAGACUAGAGCGGAAGUGAUUGCAAAGCGAGUCCAAGAAGAGUGGGAUAAGGAUCUCUCUCAACCAGGAGGAGGACUGGCCGCCGGUAGCCUGGACAUUCCCACGGUCACUACAACGACAUGGCCACAAGACGAUCAGUUGUCGGAUAGCGAGGACGACGAUGCUGCGAGCUUCCACACGACAGACUCUUCGACCAGCAUUCUCGGUGGCCUCGACAUCUUGUCGUUCCGAUGCUCUAUGCGCAACGUACCUGGUCGUCUGGUCAUCUUUUCGGACGGCCUUUAUUACCGACGAACGUCUCCAGUUGCGUCGGCCCGCAAGGAAGUCUGGCGCCGUCUAUGGUCGGAGCUCGUGGAAAUUGAAAAGACUGAACCCAAGACUGCUGGGUUGGUCAAGUCGGACGGCAUUCGUCUUGCCUUUGCAGACGGAGUCGAGGCGAAGCUCGAGCAUGUCCGUCAGCGCGACAAGGCCUUCAACUGCAUCAUUGGCUUCUCUGGUUUGAAGUUCCAAAUUGUUCUUCCUGGAGCCGCAACGGGAGCAGACCACGAGACUUUCGGUCAAGACAACAAGGAGUUUGGGUUCAAAAAGGGUUGA